AAUCAUAAAUCAAAAUCAUAGAUCAGAAACGAAGAAAGAUAGAUCUGAAAAGAAGAAGGAAACAAAUACACAUACAUACACACUCACACCGAGAGAGAGAGAACGAAUCACAGAUCAGAGAAGAAGAUCAUAGAUCAGAAACAUAGAUCAGAAACGAAGAAAGACUCAUAGAUCAGAAAAGAAGAAGGAAACAGAUACACAUACAUACACACACACCGAAAGAGAGAGAAAGAAUCACAGAUCAGAAAAGAGGAAUCAUAGAUCAGAAUCAUAGAUCAGAAAAGAAGAAGGAAACAGAUAUACAUACAUACACACACCGAGAAAGAGAGAAAGAAUCACAGAUCAGAAUCAUAGAUCAGAAACAAAGAAAGCCUCAUAGAUCCAAGAAGAAUACCAGUUCUUUGGCUCGCUUAGCGCGGCGGCGGACAGAGCGGAAGAGGAAAACAGAGAUAGAGCCGGUGAGGAGAACGCUGGUUGCGACUUGGAUAGUAGGAGGGUUGUCUGUGGUGGCGAAAAUGGAAGGAAAACUCGGUGGGAGCUCCAUUGGACCAUACUUUCUCUUUUCUUUUCUUUUUUAACGCCGUUUGCUUGAGCUGUUAAAUUGGACAAGUGUCAAAAUUUUAAAUAGGAACCUACGGUAGUGUAGCUAAGGAACUGUACUUGAGUUUUGCCCAUUAAAUUUACCUCCGUAGGAGUCAAUGGGAAUUGGUUGACCCUAUCCCUCGUUUUUUAUAAUUUUUUUUUUCUUUUCUGAGUCUGAGAAAACCAAUGAAGGAAAAAAUACAAGUAGAAGGAUAAGAAGAAUCAGCUGCUCUGAAUAGUCAGUGCCGUGUCCAAAAUACUCUAUUACCAGGUUCUCUCUCUCUCUCUCCACAAUCUCAAUCUCUCUUCACUCAUUUCCAUGUGCCAUCAGAUUGAUUUACGUUAAAAUUGAUUGGAUUUGAUUCUGGUCUCUAAGCCACUUGCUGCGGUGACGAGUGUCAAGACAUUGUACUUACAUUAGUAUCCUUGUCUAUGUGAAUGAUGAAUGAAGCCUCUAUGAACCCUCAAUUUGAGAUAUCAAGUAAAAUGGCAUCAGCUGUUCUGAAAAUAGUUAAUACUACUUUAGAUUGGGUUACCAUGGCUUUAGAUGCUCCUUCUGCUCGAGCUGUUGUUUUUGGAGUGCAUAUUGGCGGGCAUUUAUUUGUGGAAGUUCUUCUUCUGGUGGUCAUCCUUUUCCUACUUUCCCAAAAAAGUUACAAGCCCCCUAAGAGGCCUUUAACAAAGAAGGAAAUAGAUGAGCUAUGUGAUGAAUGGGUCCCAGAAUCUCUCAUUCCUCCUAUUACAGAAGAGAUGCAGAGUGAACCUCCCGUGUUGGAAAGUGCUGCAGGGGUGCAUACAAUAAUCAAUGGCAAAGAAGUUGUCAAUUUUGCUUCAGCAAAUUAUCUUGGAUUGAUAGGACAUGAGAAGUUACUUGAGUCAUGUACGUCUGCAUUGGAGAAAUAUGGUGUUGGGUCUUGUGGUCCUCGUGGGUUCUAUGGAACAAUCGAUGUACACCUUGAUUGUGAAGCAAGAAUAGCAAAGUUUUUGGGAACUCCUGAUUCAAUUCUCUAUUCUUAUGGACUCUCCACCAUGUUCAGUGCAAUUCCAGCAUUCUGCAAAAAAGGAGACAUCGUUGUGGUGGAUGAGGGAGUCCACUGGGGAAUACAAAAUGGCCUUUACCUUUCUAGAAGCACAAUUGUGUAUUUCAAACACAAUGAUGUGGAAUCUCUAAGAAAUACUCUGGAGAAAUUCACUGCAGAGAAUCAACGGGCUAAGAAAUUGCGGCGCUACAUUGUUGUGGAAGCUGUAUACCAGAAUUCUGGCCAAAUUGCUCCCUUAGAUGAGAUCAUUAGAUUGAAGGAGAAACAUCGGUUUCGUGUUUUAUUGGAUGAGAGCAACUCAUUUGGAGUGCUUGGCAGUUCUGGAAGAGGUCUCACUGAGUACUGUGGGGUUCCAAUUGACAAGAUAGAUAUUGUAACUGCUGCAAUGGGACAUGCAUUAGCCACAGAAGGAGGAUUCUGCACUGGAAGUGCUAGAGUUAUUGAUCACCAACGAUUGAGCAGUUCCGGAUACGUUUUUUCUGCUUCCUUGCCCCCCUAUCUUGCGAGUGCUGCAAUAACCGCUAUUGAUGUCCUGGAGGAAAAUCCUGGUCUGAUAAAGAAGCUGAAGGCAAACACUGCUCUCUUAUGGAAAGGACUGUCAGAUAUACCUGGCCUCUCGAUAGCAAGUAAUCCUGAAUCACCCAUUGUUUUUCUCAAAUUAGAGAAGUCAACAGGAUCAAUGAAAAAUGACUUAAGCCUUCUUGAGGACAUUGCUGACCAUGUGUUGAAGGAAGACUCCGUAUUUGUGGUGGCUUCCAAAAGAUCAACACUUGAUAAGUGCCGUUUGCCCGUUGGUAUCAGAUUGUUUGUUUCUGCGGCCCAUUCAGAAUCUGAUCUGCAGAAGGCAGCUGAAUCAUUGAAAAGAGUUACAGCAUUGGUGCUCAAGAGUUAAAACUAGUUAAACUGAGUGGUGCAUGUCAAAUCUCUACUCUGUCCGCUCUUGCCGGACCUCAUCAGGUUUCUUUUAGAUGCCCUUCAUAUUUUAAGACAAUUUUUGUAAUGUAGGCUACGGCCUGUCAUUGUUGAUAAUUUAUGUAGUAAUUCCUGUGCAAUUAUUUUUAGAAUGACAAAUUUUGUUCAUGCAACUUUUGAGUACUUUUAAUAUAAGCCAUAGUUUUAAUAGCAUCCUUUGGGGUGUCUUAUCACA